AUGACGCUCAACUCGCUGUAUGCGGGAUUGAAGUCCUUGCUAAGGUCCUCGAUUCCACAGCGGGAGGAGGAGGAGGAGCCAGAACAGUCCGCCGCGGUGGAAUCCACGGCCCAUGCGGCUAUUUUGGAAACAAAGGCCGAGUACAAAAUCUGGGCUGAGCAUAUGAGGAGCAGGUUCAGGUCAUGGGGCGUCGAGGAGGCGCGCGACGGCACCUUGCUGCUUGGGGAGGGCCACGGCGACAUCAUCCUGUCCAUCCUGGUCGAGCACAUGGCGCUGGAGCUCUUCUACUCUCGCCAGGUCCCUCCGGUCAGGGAUCCGUCCGAGCUCUGGGUCGCCGUGCGGGAGUGGUCGUCGUCGCCGAAGCGGUGCUUCAUCUGCGAGAACUUCCAGAGGAUCCCCAAGAUGUCGUGGCACGAUGCCCUUGAUCGCACAAGCACUGUGCAGGAAUUGCAGAAGUCUGCCAAGGCGGGGUGCUUCACUUGCCAGAAUGUGCUGGAUGCUCUUGAAGCCUUCGUCCCUGAAUUUACAGAACUGGAGACGGAGAAGAAGAAGGUCACUAUCCGCCAGCAACCGUCUCAGGGUAAUCCGUUGGUAUUGGCUAUCCGGGAUAACUCACACGAUGGGCUCUGGAUGGCGGAGGACGAGUUUCUACUGGAAGUCAUCGAUGGGGAUCAAGAAGCCACCAGUGUUCCUGAUUUCUUUGGGGACCAUGCCUGGGAUUGGGCUUCAAGGCUGCUGCAAGACUGCAACUGUCAGCCGAUUGGUGAAGGCACAAACGGCAAGCCGCCACGACGACUCGUCAGGUUAUUACCGGGGAACGAACGCUUGGUUCUCGUCGAGAAUCCCCCAAGCAGCGCCAGUUACUGUGCUCUGAGCUACUGCUGGGGUAAAUCUUCCCACAAUCUCCUGACUACUCUCAGCACGCUGGAAAAACACAAAAGAGGCAUCAGCCGCCAUGAACUGCCAAAGACAGUGCUACACGCAGUUAUUGCGUGUGAAAGACUCAGCAUUGAAUAUCUAUGGGUCGAUGCUCUAUGUAUCAUCCAGGAUGACCAUGGAAACCGCGACUGGUCCGAGCAAUGUAGCCAGAUGGCCGACAUCUACUCCCAGGCCACCCUCGUCAUCGCCGUCCACGAUGCUGCAGAUUGUGCUGAUGGAUUUCUGGAGCGCGAAGAAGUCCCCCGUUCCUCCCAGGAAUUCUUGACCCGAGAUGAGUCUGGUGCAGUCACAAGGAAAGGUGUGCGGGAGAGAAGGUUGGGCCUACAUGAACUGCCGAACUACCUACAAGCCAACACGCCGCUUUCCAGCCGGGGGUGGACUCUACAAGAGACGCUCUUGGCAACUAGAAUUCUGCAUUUUGCGGAAAACGAGAUGAUCUGGGAAUGCGGAGAACGCUUCCAGUGUGGGUGCGCUCACUCUCUGAAGAAAGGUCUACUCGUUGGCCGAGAGCUACUGCAGCCCAGAGCAGGAUUCUCAGCUCGAGAGAGAGAGGUCUGGCAAGGCCUCGUUGCAUGCUACUCGAAUCGAAAACUCACAAAUGAGCAAGACAAACUACCCGCUAUGACGGCGAUCUCAUCACACUUGGCUUCCAUGUGGAACCUGCCGGCCAGAGACUUCCUCGCCGGCCUCUGGAGGUUAGAUCUCAUCCGUGGACUGCUCUGGUUCCCCGCUGGCCGGGGACCUCAUACACGCCCGUCUGCAUACUGCGGCCCUACUUGGUCCUGGCUAUCGAUCACAGGGGGCGUUGGAUACCCUCCUUUUUCAUCUCGGCCAUCAUGGAAAUUUUCCCCCACCGCCGAGAUCAUCGACUGCCAAACAUCCCCGACCACCUCCGAGCCAUUCGGUAGAAUUGCCAGUGGUAAUGUUGUUAUCAAAUCAACUCUAGUUCCCGUCGACCUGGCCUGGUCUCACGGGAGUUUUGAAGCCUCUCCUGGAAACGAGUACAACAGCCAUCGAGCAGGACCCAGCCGGGUUCACACCACCCAAACGUGCAUGGUACAUGAUCGUGCUUGCUCAAUGCUACCACAUGCCACGACAGCGUCCUACGAGGUACUGUGCGAUGAAUUAUUAGACGACAGCAUGAGCUGCGACCCAGCCAAUGAGGCAUGCUGGCUGAAUGGGAAAUGCCAGAUCGGCCUGGAACACUGCGCCUGCGGCACAGAGGCAGCAAGCCCACCCCAGUUCUUUUGCUUGCAGAUCGGCACGCUGGAGAAUGUCCCAGACAAAGACGUCGAUGGGAAUCGCCCGCGUGGCCGCCACCGCCAGACUUGGUGGUUAGUUCUCAAGCGCUCAGAAUCCCAACUUGAAUCGUUCGAGAGAGUUGGGAUUGGAUGCCAGAAUACAUCCGGAUAUGAUUGCCCACUCUUUGAGGGUAGAGAGGUGGAUACCAUUCGAAUUAUAUGA